AUGGGAAGAGCGACGUGGUUCGAAGCUGACGGGACGAAGAGAGGAGGAUGGACAGAGGAGGAAGACCAAAAACUCGUCACUUAUAUCAACAAAUACGGCACCGGUGACUGGCGUUUUCUCCCUCACAAAGCUGGUUUGCAGAGAUGUGGAAAGAGCUGCAGACUGAGAUGGCUUAACUAUCUAAGGCCUGGGGUCAAGAAAGGCAAAUUCUCUCCUCAAGAAGAAGAAGCAAUCAUCAAUUUCCAGUCUAUUCUUGGGAAUAGAUGGGCAGUCAUAGCGCAGCAGAUGCCUGGUCGAUCAGACAACGACAUCAAGAACCAUUGGAACUCUUGUCUCAAGAAAAGACUCGAGAGAAGCAGAAUCAACCCAAUGAGCCACCAACCAAUCAGUAACCUCGCCGUCUACACACCAUCGCUCAACACAGAUUGCGGCAACUCUUCCUACUCUACGGUGAGUCCAUCGAUGGGCUCACCGUCUUCUUCCUCCUCCUGUGGCUCGGCCAGUCUCCUUAACAAGAUCGCCACUGGUAUCUCAUCUAGACAACAAGGUGUCGACAGGAUCAAGAACAUCAUGUCGGAUUCAAGAUUCACAAGCAAUAUUAGUCAAGAGGAAGAGUCUGACGAAUCGAAGAAGGAUCAUGGGAAGGAUUUAGCAAGUGAUGAUCAAGAAGAUGAUUUUCUGAUGUGGGACGAGGAGAAAGUGAGACGUUUCAUGAAGGAGUUUUGUCAAAUGGAUUUUGAAACGAACGGAGUCUAUAGCUCUAGUUCUUCAUCACCGUAUGGUGUUUAUGAUGAGACUAAUCUACUUGAUGACUGA